CACAGACCGUCAGACAAAUGAAUAGGGGAAGGGCCCCCAAGCGAAACCAGCAAAAUCCCCUAAGUCAGUCAGUAUUAGUGUCCGCUGCUGAGGCUCCUUUCCCUGCCCUUACACGCAUCCUUCACCGUCAGCUGCUUCCUCUCGUCGUACUCAUGCCCAGAUGCACUGGUGUGCCGUCGCACCACAGACGGGUACCACUGAGCCAGAGUGGCAACGAGCUCCCCGUACGACCCUGUCGAUAUCCCCACACAUGAUGCAGCACUAUGCCUGCAAUGCGACUGUGCGUGCUGUCCAUUUUGUCCUGUGCUUACGGUUGAAGUCGUCAUUCACGAGGAAGAGAUCAAACCCCAGCUCGUGCGCGCGGCACAUCUCACCCGUCGCGUUCUGACGAUCGACAUGAAGGCAAUCGCACCACCGAUUUACAUGUGUUCUCUCCUCUCACAUUUAGACGCGUGCGAACUUUCUCCUCCUCUUCCGUACCCCUGCACAACGCACCACAGUACUGGUAUCCCGUUUGCCAGAGGAUGGCUAAUUCCCGGCCUCUCUCACCUGCCCCUGAGCCUCUUUUCGAGUGCUACGAGGUCGGGUGGCUCGACAAAGACAGUGUGUGCACGGCUGCCCAGAGGGAGUGCCUUUAAUUGACGAACACCUGCAGGAGAAAUGGCCCAUAUGCCGCUUUUGAGUGCAUUGGUCCGUCCGGUCAUCUGCGUAGCGCACCCUGUACAUCUAUCUCCAUGAGGCAGAUCUUCCCUUCACGCUGCACCUGAGCGAUCGAUGCGGACACACAACAUCCAAGACGUUGAUGUUAUCCCAAACCAUCGACGGACACGUCAGCAUCGCUCGUCUCACCCUUCCGACAGCCUCGAUCGAGGUUCCGUAGAGAUUGCCGUGCACCUCUGCGUGCUCCAGAAACACACCGCGACCAACGUCCUGGCGCAGACAAAUACAACCGGAUGCCCAAUCCAGUACCUACCAAUAUACCCACCACCCUCUUCAUCCCACUCGCCCACCGCCAUGAACUGGUCCUUGUCGACGAAGAAGUAUUCCCUCCCAUGGGCCUCCCCCGGCCGUGCCUUGCGCGUCGUGUGCGACACGCACUUGCGAAUGUGAGGGCCGUACGGGGAGUGCAUCAGCCGCUCAAUCAAAGUGCCCUGGGGUAAGGACAAAGAGGGACAGUAACGACAACGCUCGAUGUCUGCGCUCUUGGUGUUCUUUGUACCUUCCCCACUCCCGACGGUCCGGCAAUGAUGAGCGGCCAUGGCGGCCCGUCAUCGGUCCGACCACUAGGGCUGUCGCCAUCAGGUAGGCACGCGUCUUCGGCAGUCGAAGGGGACGACGAGCAUCCCACCUCGUCUGUGCGCAUUCCCCGACUUGUGACCUCGAAUCUCCUCUUUGUCUGUGCGAAUUCCCCGAGUUUUGUUGUUCUGUUGCCGAG